AUGGGGCGGGGAUGGAAAGCGGGAGAAUGGGGCGGGGUGAUGGAAAGCGGGAGAAUGGGCGGGGUGAUGGAAAGCGGGAGAAUGGGCGGGGUGAUGGAAAGCGGGAGAAUGGGGCGGGGUGAUGGAAAGGAGGGAGAAUGGGGCGGGGUGAUGGAAAGCGGGAGAAUGGGGCGGGGUGAUGGAAAGCGGGAGAAUGGGGCGGGCGGGAGAAUGGGCGGGGUGAUGGAAGGGAGGGAGAAUGGGGGCGGGGUGAUGGAAGCGGGAGAAUGGGGCGGGGUGAUGGAAAGCGGGAGAAUGGGGCGGGGUGAUGGAAAGCGGAGAAUGGGGCGGGGUGAUGGAAAGCGGAGAAUGGGGCGGGGUGAUGGAAAGCGGAGAAUGGGGCGGGCGGGAGAAUGGGGCGGGUGUGAUGGGGGGGGAAAAAAAGCGGAGAAUGGGGCGGGGGUGAUGGAAAGCGGGAGAAUGGGGCGGGUGAUGGAAGGAGGAGAAUGGGGCGGGGGGAGAAUGGGGGGCGGGGUGAUGGAAGGGGAGAAUGGGCGGGCGGGAGAAUGGGGCGGGGUGAUGGAAGCGGGAGAAUGGGGCGGGUUGAUGGAAAGCGGGAGAAUGGGGCGGGGUGAUGGAAAGCGGGAGAAUGGGGCGGGUGAUGGAAAGCGGGAGAAUGGGGCGGUGAUGGAAAGCGGGAGAAUGGGGCGGGGUGAUGGAAAGCGGGAGAAUGGGCGGGGUGAUGGAAAGCGGGAAAUGGGCGGGGUGAUGGAAAGCGGGAGAAUGGGGCGGGGUGAUGGAAAGCGGGAGAAUGGGGCGGGGUGA